AUGGCAAACAGAGCCAAAAUACUCAUAAAUAAACGGACUUCUUUAAAGUCUAAAAUCACGAAUCUCAAUAAUAUCCUCGACAAAGGUACAACGGACGAUACAUUAAUCAAAUUACGCUUAGAACGUGUAACUGAGUUAUUUCACGCGUAUGAGGACUUCAACGAUGAGCUUACCGAAUUAGAUCCAAACGAAUCACACCAAACCGAAUAUGAAAAUAUUGAAGAACGAUAUUAUUUGCUUGCGGCUAAGAUAAAAAAUAGGUUGUCCGCGUCAAAUAUAUCCGAGGCUAGUACCAGCGCGUCCCACGAAGAUCGGCCCUAUGAGAAUUCACUCGCUACUUCGACCAAAAAACGGCGUAUCAAAUUGCCCGAAGCCUCGCUUCCGACCUUUGAUGGCAAAUUUGAGAGUUGGCUCUCGUUUAAGAAUAGCUUCCGGAAUAUGAUCGGAUCACAGACCGACUUGUCAGACAUUGACAAGCUUCAUUAUUUGAAAUCGGCUUUAACGGGCGAAGCGGCCAAUAAAAUUAAAAUCUUUGAAACCGACGAUAUAAAUUAUUCUAAGGCAUGGGAGUUACUUGAACGAUCAUAUGAAGUGAAGCGCAUUCUCAUUUCGCGACAUUUAUCGUCUAUUUUAAACCUACCGGUGUUAGAGAAAGAAACGUCUAGCGGUUUGUCGAAACUUGCGGACGACGUACAACAGCAUAUCGCGUCAUUAAGCGUAUUGGGAGCUUCCGUCGGGCCCGAAAUGAUUGUGCACGUUUUAGAGACCAAGUUACCGAAAACGAACAACGGCAAGACCACGAGUCUCGCGUCAUUGCACGUAUCAGCGCCACAUCUAAUGACGAGCGCAAUGGUAUACAUACGUGGCGGCAAACACGGUCCAAUAAAAUGUCGUGCUCUACUAGAUACGUGCGCUUCGGCGAACUUUUUAACAGAAUCGAUCGCGAGAUAUUUGAAGGAAGAAGUGACGGCACAUUCUUCGCCAAUUAGCGCGAUCAAUGGCAUGAAUACUAAAUCAAGGGGCAUAGUACGAAUUACAAUUCAAUCUAUACAUGAUAACUUUUCUAAAGAAUUGACCUGUUUGACAAUUCCGACUAUAACAGAUUUAGUUCCGUCUGAAACCUUUCCGCGCAAUUCAGUUAAGAUACCGUCAAAUAUCAGAUUAGCAGAUCCGGAUUUUCAUUUACCACGACAUGUUGAUUUACUGAUUGGCUCGGGAGCGUCACUAUCGUUGUUCGCUAUUGGUCAGAUAGAUUUGUCUCGUGAGGGAUAUGACUUAUAUUUACAAAAAACGCGAUUAGGAUGGAUAAUCGCUGGCGGCACAUCAUCGCAAAAAACGGGAAGGGCUGUAACAUGCCAUUUAACGCGUUUGGAGGAUUUGAUACAGAAGUUUUGGGAAAUCGAAGAGAUCGGAUUAAAUAAACCGCAAACAGAAGAGGAAGUCGAAUGUGAGUCGCAUUUUAUAAGAACGGUAUCUCGCGACGUUAAUGGGCGAUAUACAGUUCGGUUGCCAUUCGGCAAUACAAAUAAACGUCUCGGAAAUUCACGUAAAAUGGCACUCAAACGCCUAUUGUCGUUAGAGCGCAAACUUGACACAGACGCAAAGUUAAAGAAUGAAUACGCGCGGGUAAUAAAUGAGUACUUAAAUCUAAAACAUAUGUCAUGGGUGACAAAUUCUGACGAAAGCGGGUAUUACAUGCCGCAUCACGCGGUGAUAAAAAAUACAAGCAAUACUACAAAGGUGCGAGUAGUGUUCGACGCCUCUGCUAAGUCUGACAACGGCGUAUCGUUAAAUGACGUGUUAAUGACGGGUCCAAGCAUACAAGAUAAAAUAAUAUCACAUUUAAUUCGUUUCCGCACGUACAAUUACGUUAUAACAGCGGAUAUAGAAAAAAUGUAUCGCCAAGUACUAGUACAUGAACAGGAUCGACACUUUCAACAGAUUCUAUGGCGUAGAGAUGGCAAGAUAGAAACAUUGCAAUUGAAUACAUUAGCUUUCGGUGUAUCAUCCUCGCCAUUUUUGGCAAUCCGUACCAUACAAAAACUUGCAGAGGACGAAUAUCAAUCAUUUCCUAAGGCGGCCGGAGUUUUAAAAUCACACUUAUAUGUAGACGAUUUAUUAACCGGUUCCGAAACGAUCAAGGAAGCCCGAAUAUUACGAGACGAUAUCAUCGCGUUGUUAGCACGAGGCGGUUUUACGAUAAGACAAUGGGCAUCGAAUGAUGAACGCAUAAUCCAUGACUUAGAGUCUACCGCGUUGCACGAGAGUUUCACUAUCCGUAUUGAUCGUGAUCUAAAAACACUAGGCAUCACGUGGAGCGCGAAAAACGAUAAAUUAUAUUACGCAACAAGAUCAAUCGAGAUCACGGAAAGGGUGACGAAGAGAAAGAUAUUAUCAGAAAUCGCAAAAUUUUACGAUCCGUUGGGUUUAGUAGGACCAGUUAUCUUACAAUGGGAAUCUAUAAAUAAGAUUUCGGUUGACCGUAAGUUAUUAAUUGAAGGGUAUCACGAUGUGCAAUUGCAUGGUUUUUGUGACGCCAGUAGUAUCGGCUACGGGGCAUGCAUAUACAUACGUUCAUCUAAUAAUCAGAAAACCGUGGCGAAAUUGCUAUGCGCGAAAUCGCGAGUUGCACCCUUGAAAACCGUCACGAUUCCACGACUCGAGCUGUGCGGUGCAUUAACAUUAGCACAGUUAUUUCGGGAAGUAAAAGGCACAUUGAACAUCAAUUUCAAUAAGAUUAUCUUUUGGUGCGAUUCUACCAUCGUGCUUCACUGGUUGAAUACAGCCCCCCAUUUGUUAAAAACUUACGUGUCUAACCGCGUCGCGAGCAUUCGACAAUUUACUGAGUCACACGAAUGGCGACACGUUCGAACAGAGGAAAAUCCUGCCGACGCUAUUUCGAGGGGUCAAUUGCCACACGAUUUUUUGCGAAAUCAAACAUGGUUUACGGGACCAUCGUGGUUGAGCAAGGAUGAAGAUGAAUGGCCCAACGAAAUUAUUCGGAUACCCGAAAUACCCGAAUUAAAAAAGAAUGCUUGCUUAAUUUCCGAACAUACUAAGUUUGAUAUCCUCGAUAGAUAUUCUUCUUAUUCCAAAUUAAUCAGAAUCGUUUCAUAUUGUCUCCGGGUCCGUCAUCCAAAUAAACACACAGGGGUCUUACAAGCGGAAGAGAUUAAUAAGGCAGAAAUACGCGUGCUAAAAAUAUUACAAGCUGAUCAAUUUUCUGAUGAAAUUAAAGGAUUAAAUGGAGCUUCGACUAACAAGAGUAAAUUCGCCAAUUUAAAUCCGUUUAUUGAUGAAUACGGUUUAAUUCGCGUGGGAGGACGUUUGCAAAAAUCAGACCUCACGUUCGCGCAAAAACACCCAAUUCUGCUUCCCAGUCGACACAGCUUGACCGAUCGCAUCAUACGCGAAAUCCAUGAGAAGCAUUACCAUACAGGCAUACAAACCACGCUUUACAUUCUUCGGCAAAGAUUUUGGUUACCGGACGGCCGUAACCAAGUACGGAAAAUUGUCCGUACAUGCACGCGUUGCAUUCGAUUUAACCACAAUAACAGCGAUUAUAAAAUGGGCAAUCUUCCGAUAGCCCGCGUACGCGUAAGCACGCCCUUUCAAAACACAGGCAUUGAUUUCUGCGGCCCAUUUUAUAUUAAAGAAAAAAAAUACCGCAAUAAAACACGUGUCAAGGUCUAUGUAUGCGUAUUUGUGUGCAUGACGAUUAAGGCGAUACAUCUUGAAGUAGUGAGUGACUUAACUUCCGAUGGAUUUUUAGCCGCAUUACGCCGAUUCGCUGCGAGGCGAGGUUUACCGGAACACGUAUACUCGGAUAAUGGUACGAAUUUUGUUGGCGCGAACAAUCAGUUGAAGGACCUAUAUGCCGUAUUUAAUUCGAACGAGCACAAAAAAUUAAUACAACAAUAUGCGAGUGAUCGCCGUAUCACCUGGCAUUUUAUACCGCCAGCAGCACCCCACUUCGGCGGGCUAUGGGAGUCUACCGUAAAGAGUUUCAAACACCAUUUCAAACGAGUAAUUGGUGAUUCCUUGUUUACAUUCGAGGAAUUAAAUACGUUCGUUGUAGAAGUCGAGGGUAUUCUAAAUUCGAGACCAAUUACAUCUAUUUCGUCCGAUCCGAACGACUUAUUAGUACUGUCCCCCGCUCAUUAUUUAAUCGGCAAACCAUUAACCAUGUUGCCCGAAAACGAUUAUACGAGCAUUUCAGAUAACCGUUUGUCCACUUGGCAACAUAUUGCUAAGGUGAGACAAGACUUCUGGAAGAGGUGGAGUCUCGAGUAUUUAAACGAGUUACAAGUCCGUCGCAAAUGGAUCAAAGAGGGACAGCGUUUCGAGAUUGGAGCCGUCGUACUUAUUAAGGACAAAACAGCUCCGUGCGCACAAUGGAACUUGGGAAGAAUUACCAGAUUACAUCCUGGCGACGACGGGAUAUCACGAGCCGCUACUAUUAAAACUGUGAGCGGUGAGAUAAAGCGAUCAACGGCGUUACUAUACAUAUUGCCAAUUGAGCCUUGA